UUCAGCAUGGGCGGGGUCUGUCACCUAGGGCAACAGCAACAACAAGCCUGCUCCUGCUUGGCUAAGGGGCGGGGGUGGGACCAUGGCGGGUCGGACCCUAGCUCUACGCUAUGGCCCUCCCUGGCCCCCCAUCUCUGGGACCGAGGUGCCUGGCUCCUGGCCCAACUGGCAUCUCACCAGCAGUGGUGUCGCCCACCACAUUAUCCCAUCCGUGCCAUUUUCCCCGACCACUGUGCAGUCUACGCUCGCGGAGCCCCUGCCCCCGGCCGCAAAACAGGACUUGCACAUCUGGGCUUUCGACGAGGUCAUCAGCAGAUGGGCGACAACCUCCGGCUCGGCUCAAGUGCCCAAAACUCACGGCGGGCCCUACGCUCAGCCCAGGGCCCCAGAGCCUGCGGACCCCACGCGGACUAUGGGGAUCAAGGACUUAGGGGAAAAGGGUUCCGGCGUGGCCUUCUCGCAGCUCAGACACCACAGCUGGCGCCUCCCUCUGAUCACAAAACACCAGUGCAGUGAGACGAAAGCGCAGUACACCGGUUGGCCCAGCGUGGACCAGAGCGCCAUCUUCUAUUUUGGGACCCAGCCCCUGGAGCUUGCGGACGACCACCGCGGGGGCCCUUCCCAGGCUCUAAUCCCCUGGACGAAGAACCCCGGGCUGGCCAGCCGGCUUUUCACAGUAUCUGACCAGAGAACCCUGGGCCGCCAUCAGCUCUAUCUGACUACCUCGGCCCGGGACUUCCGGGCCUACACGAAGAAGGAGUUGUCUGGAUACCCCCGCAAGGACUCGCUGACCUACUGGAGCUUCGAGGAGACGCCCAAGGUCUGGGGCCACGGCCCCCAGCGGCCACCCUAUCCGCUCUCCUCUCGGCCGCCUCGGGUCCGCAUUCCCCGUGCCCGCCCUGUCACCCCAGCCGUACCGCACCGCGGGGCGCUGUCUCUGGUUCAGGAGUCCUACAGGUCCCCGCUGCAUCCGCUCCGCGUGCUUGACUGUUUCUGCCCGCUGGAGCUGCCCUGGGGCGGCCCCCACUGGAAACCCGUGCCCGGCAUCUACAGCGUGCCGCAAGCCUACCGCACCGAGAGCUCCAGCUACGGCAGCUUGAAGCCCGCGCUUGUUUGAGCUGCCUGGCUAGUCCCGCCCCGGACACGCCCCCAACGCAGGGGCGGAGCCGAACCUGGAAGACAGCGACUGGACGCAGUGGGCGAGGCUGAGCUCGGGAACUCUGCCCGUUACGUGGGGCGGGACAGAGCCUGAGACACGCCCACUUGAUUGUGGGGGCGGGACUGGGUGGGGGGAAAUGUACUUUGGGGCUGUGGGCCAGCCAGCAGAACACGCCCUCUGCGGCACAAGAGGCGGAGCUUAUCUUAGUCAAUGAGUUAAAUAGCCUAUACCACGCUCUUUGCUGAGUUCUGCUCUGGCUUCUGGGGGCGUGUGUGGGGGAGAUGGGGUUCCCGCUGCAUCACUGUGGAGGAGAGGCGCGUCUGGGUGCAGAUGAAGCACAGAAUCCAAUGUUGAAGCCAAGUCCCUCCUAAGAGGUUGGACUCUGGCUUUCAGUCUAUAGCAGGUGGAGCAGGGUUGAGGCUUCUGUCCAUCACCAUUCUACUAAUGUCGGAGAGGUGAGCUCCAGCCUCCCCAUACCUUCCUUCAAGAUGGGCAGAGAGGUGGCUACACAGCCAGGGGGGCACGGACAAGGCUUCCUAUAUCCUAUUUCCUGUGCUCCAAACACAACCUCUCUAGCACCUGAGGAUUGAGUUUGUGAAGUCAGCUGUCACCUUGGGUGACUCCUGCUUCUUGGUGCGGGAGCCACUCAGGGAAUAGGGGAGGGAUGCUCCGCUGAGCCACUCUUGCACCUCCCUGACCUUGUCCGCCUCUCGCCUCUGGGGAGAUUAGUGUCCAGGUUACCCAGCCAUGCCACCACCCCCAGUGGCCUUGCCGCCCCCACAGCCUGCAGAUAUAAGACCAGGUAAACACAGUAGGGAGGCACCGAGGAUGGAGACACUCCAGGUAAGACUGUAGCGCCCCUGGACACCUUGCAACUCCAGCCACACAGGUGGCAUGAAGAGAGUCCUGUGACCUGGUAAAGCAGGCUUCUUUCUAGAAGAGUAUAGACAGCCAGCAGACUUCUUGCCAGGAACAGGGAAGUGGUGGGAUAGGACCUGAGUGUGGGUAUCUGAGGUAUUGGGGAUGUCUGGGGAUCCUGGAUAUUGGGGCGGGGGCUCCAAGAGGAGGG